AUGCCAGACAAUCUCUGGAUUACAGAAUUCAACAUCAAUUUUAUCACAACCCCAUCUCGGCAAGGCGUGGAGUCGCCUCUCCUACCAAACUAUUUUCAGAGGAGACAGCCUGAGUUCCUAACGAUGAACGACGCCGCGCCAAACUGCAUCAUGGUCGAGGCUUCCAUGGGGUUCCGAUUUAUUGGCGACCUUCAUGACCAGUUCUGGACAUGCUAUGUGUUUUACAACUUUGGAAGACAGGAACUCAUUACAGAUACCCGGGCUCGAGUGGAACGCAUCGACUCUUGUAAGACUCUGAGACAACGAAAGUGCCUAGAGGGGUUUCUUGUGUGCCAGGCUCUCGAUCUAGUACUCUCGCAGACCAAGAAUGUCCUCAAUACUAUUACUAAGUCUAUGGGGGAAGGCAAUAAAUCGCAAAAUAUUUUCAUCCCGUUACUGAUGGAAGAUGACCUCAGAGGGGAGAACUAUUUCAAAACCAUGAACAAGAAUAGCGUAUUCUAUCCCUGGCUGCUCGACGUUUAUGGUGCUUUGCAGGAUAAGUGUCGGGAGACCAGUACCGUUGCGAUGCAGUGGAUAUCAGAAGAAGAAAGACGAAAGUAUAAACCUCGGUGGUCCGAAAAGGACCAAAGGAAGUUUGGGGAAGAGAUUGUUCAGAACCGAGCGGACGUUAAGGCGCGUUGUGCUAAGCUGGAGAAAAUGUCGAAGAACUUACAGGAGCGGAUUGACCGGAUUAGGAAUCUUAAGGAAUCACUAUCGAGUGAGCUAGCGCUCCGAGAAGCGAGGACCUCCACACAACUCGCGCGCACGAUCAAUCUUUUUGCUGUUGUUACAGCUAUUUAUUUACCCUUAACGUUCUCCACCAGUAUCGUGGCCAUACAAGAACUCCAUUGGAAAUAUCCCGCAAAAGCCCUCGUCAGAAUCAUGCUCGCCGUAGCCUCCGGUACAUUAAUCCUCCUGAUGAAUCUUUCCUCCCUCCGCCGCAACCUUGCAGCCCUGAAAAGGUGGGCCCAACGCUCAAUCCGCAAUAGAAUGAAAGGGGUCCCCAACCGCAAAAAGACUAGCAAGAAACCCAUCUGCCGAGAUAAGCGGCCAGCCUGGAACUAUUGGAAAAAGAGGGCCCGCAGCCUAGACGAAGCGGAAAAACGCAGCGCGUUGCUCACCGACAAUGAUAUUCACGGCAACGAGAGCGACUGGUGGUACUGGUACUUCACGGCGAUAUACAUCACCAUCGUGGUUCCCGUGCAAGAGCUGACCUUCAUAAUCCGCACGCUCCGAGGGCAGAAGGUUGAGAAUGCUGGCCCCUUGAAGAAGCUUGUGAGGCUUCCCGGGUUCCCCAUAUGGGCUCUGCAGCUGGCGCUUGUGUACGUGAUAAUUCUCGCCGGGUAUGCCUUCCUCCCCUUAGUGAGAUUUGUGCAUCACACGGCGGUCUGGCUGUGGACUGGGAAUGACACCGUCGAGAGUAAGAAGGCAGCGCCGGAGGAGGUUGAGCAGAGUUCAAUGUCGGAGCCGGAGGAUGAUGCAGAGGGUUUGGAGUCAGAGCCGGAUAGCACGCAAAAAGAUAGCACGCAAAAAGAUACAGGGCUGGUUGACUGGUUGAUGAAACCAGCAAAGAUUAUGAUGCUCCUCAUGGUUAAAGAGGCUCUCCAGCCCAAGGAGGAGGAAAGGGAACCCGAUCUGGAGAACCAGGGAACCCCUAUGGAACACUAGAGACCCACUCGUUUAGGAAACGGGUGGUUAGAAGUCUAGACGUGGGAGGGGUUUAGUGUUAUUUAUUUGUUACUAUGGAACAAGGGCCCCCGGUCACGUUUACCUCUGACAAGGGGGAGGGAUCGAUUUAUUGGACUUUAUUUCUAUGGGCUGGUCGGGAGUGCUGGACGACAUGUGAUUUCAAGUGCUUACCAUGGACCGAGUCGUGUGCUGUGCUGUCGUUGAGAAUGACUAAUGAUUUCUUCCUUCUCAUCAUAAUAUUAUGAUAUUAUUAAAUAAGGCAAUAUCACUAAAUCCUAAA